AUGGGGAUGCCAGGCUGUCCCUCACCCAGGUACCCCUGGGGCAGAAAUAAGCCUACCUGCACUAGGGCCAAGAGUGCAGGGGUCCUUCUCCUGACGGCAUGCCUUUGGGGCCUUGUAAGCUCCGCUUCUCCACACACAGUUCAGGUUCGCUUGGUGAAUGGCCCUAGCCGCUGUGCUGGGCUAGUCGAGGUGCUCCACAAUGAGACAUGGGGGACAGUGUGUGAUGACAGCUGGAGUUUCUCUGAGGGCCAGGUGGUGUGCAGGCAGCUGGGCUGUGGGACAGUGCUGUCCAUCUUACGAGGGGCUCGAUAUGGACAAGGUACGGGUCAAAUCUGGCUGGAUGAAGUGAACUGCACAGGGACAGAAGCUGACCUCUCUGAAUGCCAGGCCAAGCCAUGGGGAGAGCACAACUGUCACCACGUGGAAGAUGCCAGUGUUGAGUGCUCAGACUCAAGUAUUGCAGAGCUGGGUCCACUCCAACUGCUGAAUGGUCCCAAUCGCUGUGCUGGAAGAGUGGAGGUGCUGCAUGACCACAUGUGGGGCACCAUUUGUGAUGACGGCUGGGACCUCGCAGAUGCAGCGGUGGUGUGCAGGCAGCUGGGCUGUGGGACUGCACUUUCUGCCACAAGUGGGGCUCAUUUUGGGAGAGGUGAUGAUACCAUCUGGCUGGAUGAGGUAAAUUGCACUGGCACAGAGGCCACCAUCUUUGAAUGCAAGGCCAGUGCUUGGGGAGACAACAACUGCUUCCAUGGAGAGGAUGCUGGAGUGGUAUGUUCAGCCUCAGAGGUGUCUGUGGCAACUGAGGUUCGUCUCAUGAACGGUUCAAGCCACUGCAAUGGGAGGGUCGAGGUCUUUCACAAUGACACCUGGGUAGGUGUAUGUGAUGACGGCUGGGAUUUUGCUGAAGCUCGAGUUGUGUGCAGGCAACUGGGCUGUGGGACAGCGCUGGCAGCUCCAGGCAGGUCCCAUUUUGGAGAAGGACCUGAGCAAAUGUCGCCAGAUACUGUGAACUGCAUGGGCAUAGAAACUGCUCUCACUGCAUGCCAGAGGAGACCUUGGGGAAAUGACACUUGUCAUCAUGGAAGAGGGGCUGGUGUGGUGUGUUCAGCUAACCCUGGUGACAAUCGGAUUCGACUGGUGAAUUAUGGACAUCGCUGUGCCGGAAGAGUUGAAGUAUUUCAUAACAAUCAGUGGGGAACCGUGUGUGAUGAUGGCUGGGAUUUACUGGAUGCUGGUGUUGUGUGCAGGCAGCUGGACUGUGGGAUGGCACUUUCAGCCCCAGGAGGGGCCCAGUUUGGGCGAGGGACUAACAUCAUUUGGCUGGAUGAAACAAACUGCACAGGAUUUGAGACCACUCUGUAUGAGUGCAAGGCAAAACCAUGGGGAACAAAUAAUUGCUACCAUGGGGAAGAUGCUGGUGUGGUGUGCUCAGAUUCUAUCAUUCCAGAGACUGCUCAUCUCCGGCUGACAAAUGGCUCGAAUCGCUGUGCUGGCAGAGUCGAGGUGUUUCACAAUGAGGAGUGGGGAACUAUAUGUGACCACGGAUGGGAUAAACAGGAUGCUGAGGUCGUGUGUCGACAGUUGGGUUGUGGGACAGUGCUUUCCACCUCGAGUGCAGCUCACUUCGGUGCAGGACCUCUUCGUACUUGGCUGGACAAUAUGAGCUGCACUGGGAAAGAAACAGCCCUUAAUAAAUGCAGGGCAAGGCCAUGGGGAGAGAGUAGCUGCAGUCAUGGAAAAUAUGCUACUGUGGUGUGUUCAGGCUCGGCUGUUUCUAGCUUUUCUCCAGUCCGACUUGUAGACGGCCCAGGUCGCUGCGCUGGGAGAGUCGAAGUGUUUCAUCACAAGCAGUGGGGAACUGUGUGUGAUGACAACUGGGAUUUCCUGGAUGCUGGAGUGGUGUGCAGGCAGCUCGACUGUGGGAUGGUGAUACUGGCUCCUUGGAGGGCUCACUUUGGUCAGGGGCAGGGCCCCAUCUGGCUGGAUGAGGUGAACUGCACAGGGGCAGAAGCUGCCCUCUCAGAAUGCAAGGCCAAGGACUGGGGAGUCCAUGGCUGUGAGCACGCAGAAGAUGCCAGUGUGGUGUGCUCAGGAUCAGGCAUUUCUGACCUAGCAAGUCUCCGCUUGGUGAAUGGCUCAAAUGAAUGCUCUGGGAGAGUUGAAGUGUUUCAUGACCAGCGCUGGGGAGCUGUGUGUGGCGAUGGCUGGGACCUGGCUGAAGCCCGUGUGGUGUGCAGACAGCUGGGCUGUGGGCCAGCACACUCAGUCACUCGCUCUUCCCAGGUUGGAAAAGAACCUUCCCUGAUCUGGGUGGAUGCUGUUGAGUGCACAGGACUGGAACAUGCCCUCUUUGAAUGCAAGGUCAAACUCUGGGGUGCCCAGAGCUGCAAGUCUAAUGGAUAUGCAAGUGUUGUGUGCUCUACGGCUGCAGACUCAGAGCUGGGGAGCUCAGAAGUCCUGCGGCUGGUGAAUGGUCCACACAGGUGUUCCGGGAGGGUGGAGGUGUUUCACAGCCAGCAGUGGGGGACUGUGUGUGAUGACAGCUGGGACCUGAAUGAUGCCAAGGUGGUGUGCAAGCAGCUGGACUGUGGGAUGGCUGUAUCAGCCCCAGGUUCAUCUCUGUUUGGGCAAGGAUCUGGACCCAUCUGGCUGGAUGGAGUGAGUUGUAUUGGGACAGAAGCUACCCUCUCUGAAUGCCCAGCAAAGCCUUUAGGCCAACACAGAUGCAACCAUGUGGAAGAUGCCAGCGUUAUAUGCUCAGGAUCAGGAAUUUCCAAUACUCCUAAGCUUCGGCUUGUGAAUGGUUUGAAUGAAUGUGCUGGGAGAGUCGAGGUGUUUUAUAACCAUGAGUGGGGAACGGUCUGUGAUGAUAGCUGGGACAUGAAUGAUGCCAUGGUGGUGUGUCGGCAGUUAGGUUGUGGGGUGGCAGUUUCAGCCCCAGGUUUGGCUCGUUUUGGAUGGGGAUCCAAUCGUAUCUGGCUGGAUGAUGUGAGCUGCACAGGAACAGAAACUGACUUAUUUGAAUGCAAAGAAAAGUCUUGGGGCAUCCACAAUUGCCACCAUGGAGAAGACGCAGGUGUGGUGUGCUCAGGAAAUGUGAGUUCAGCUGAUCUGCGGCUAGUGAACGGCCCGAAUCGCUGUGCGGGGAGAGUGGAGGUGCUUCACAAUGAGCAGUGGGGAACCUUAUGUGAUGAUGGCUGGGACUUAAAUGAUGCCAUGGUGGUGUGCCGACAGCUGGGCUGCGGGAGGGCUGACUCAGCCCCUGGUAGAUCUCACUUUGGGCCAGGCUCAGGACCCAUCUGGCUGGAUGACGUGAACUGUGCUGGGACUGAAGAUGCCCUCUCCCAGUGCAGGGCCCGCCCGUGGGGACAAAAUAACUGCAACCAUGGAGAAGACGCUGGUGUGGUAUGCUCAGAGAUGGACACUUCACGAUUCUCCAAUGUACGGCUCAUGAAUGGCCCAAACCGCUGUGCUGGGAGAGUGGAGGUGCUUCACAAUGGGCAGUGGGGAACUGUUUGUGAUGAUGGCUGGAGCCUAAACGAUGCCAUGGUGGUGUGCCGGCAACUGGACUGCGGGAGGGCUGAGUCUGCCCUCCUUGGGGCUCGCUUUGGGCGAGGCUCAGGACCUAUCUGGCUGGAUGACGUGAACUGUGCUGGGACUGAAGAUGCCCUCUCCCAGUGCAGGGCCCGCCCAUGGGGACAAAAUAACUGCAACCAUGGAGAAGAUGCUGGUGUGGUAUGCUCAGAUCCACACUCUUCAAGCACAGCUAACCUACGGCUGGUGAACGGCCCAAAUCACUGCUCUGGGAGAGUGGAGGUGUUUCAUAAGCAGCAGUGGGGGACCAUAUGUGAUGACGGCUGGGAUCUGAAUGAUGCCAUGGUGGUGUGCCAGCAACUGGGUUGUGGCACUGCGAUCUCAGCUCCCGGCCAGGCUUACUUCGGCCAAGGACAAGACCCUAUCUGGCUGGAUAGAGUCGCUUGUAUAGGGACGGAAACUGCCCUCUCUGAAUGCUGGACAAAGCCAUGGGGACAGCAUAGCUGCAGCCAUGUGGAAGAUGCCAGCGUGGUGUGCUCAGGUACUACAAAUAUGACAACUGUCUGACUGGUGAAUAGCCCACAUUACUGUGCUGGGAAAGUUGAGAUAUUUCACAACCAGCAGUGGGAAACUGUAUUUGAUGAUGGCUGGGAUUUAAAUGAUGCUACAGAGUUGUGCCAGAUGCUGGGCUGUGAGAGAGAGCUAUCAGCCCCAACAGAGACUCACAGAAUCACAGAAUGGGGAUUGGGGCUCCUGAAGCAGUACAGUUUUCAAGAACGCCCUAUCUAUCUCCUGCUCACGUUCUUGGAUGCUUCGCAGUCUGCUGACUUCAUCCUGCAACUCCUUGACUUGACGACACAAAUUGUCAACAGUCUGACUCCAUCUAGCUGGACAGUUAGUUGCACUGGGAGAGAAAAUGCCCUGUCCAAGUGCAGGGCCAAACCCUGGGGCCUCAGAACCUGCAGUCAUGAAGAAGAUGUUGGUUUUGCAUGCUCAGACUCAAAUGCUGCAGUGCAGGCACAGGUCCGCCUGGUAAAUGGCCCAAAUCACUGUGCUGGGAGAGUGGAGGUGCUUCACAAUGGGCAGUGGGGAACUGUUUGUGAUGAUGGCUGGAGCCUAAACGAUGCCAUGGUGGUGUGCCGGCAACUGGGCUGCGGGAGGGCUGAGUCUGCCCUCCUUGGAGCUCGCUUUGGGCGAGGCUCAGGACCUAUCUGGCUGGAUGACGUGAACUGUGCUGGGACUGAAGAUGCCCUCUCCCAGUGCAGGGCCCGCCCAUGGGGACUAAACAACUGCAACCAUGGAGAAGAUGCUGGUGUAGUAUGCUCAGCCAUGGCUUCAUUGCUACCUGUCCGCCUAGUGAAAGGCCCGAACCACUGUGCUGGGAGACUGGAGGUGCUUCACAACCAGCAGUGGGGGACUGUGUGUGAUGACAACUGGGAUCUGAAUGAUGCCAAGGUGGUGUGCCGGCAGCUGGGCUGUGGAACAGCUGUGUCAGCCCCCAGUAAAGCUCACUUUGGACAAGGGUCUGACUCCAUCUGGCUAGAUGAUGUGGACUGCAGAGGUACCGAAGCCACUCUCUCCCAGUGCCACCUGAAAGACUGGGGACUCCACAACUGCAACCAUGAGGAAGAUGCUGGAGUCGUGUGCUCGGGCACCUACCCCUUGCAGCUGAGGGUAAAGGAUGGCCCAGGCCCCUGCGCAGGGCGUGUGGAAGUGCUGUACAAUGCUACAUGGUAUGGUGUGUGUGAUAAUAGUUGGAGCUUGCUGGAAGCAGAGGUGGUCUGCAAGCAGCUGGGCUGUGGGCCAGCACUGUCUGCACCCAUUGGAGCUCAGUUUGGCCAAGAGAACAGCCAUUACUUGCUGGAAGGGCUGAGCUGUGGAGGCACAGAGUCUUUCCUCUUGGAGUGCCAGCAGAGCAAGAUGGGUCCAGGACUGUGCAGGCAUGGCUCUGCAGCUGGUGUGGUGUGUACUGAUAUCUCCCGGCGUCUUCCCGUCCGCCUGAUGGAUGGUCCCAAUUCCUGCUCUGGGAGAGUAGAAGUGCUUCACAAGGAUGUCUGGGGGACUGUCUGUGAUGACCACUGGGAUUUAAGGGAGGCAAAGGUUGUGUGCAGGCAGCUGGGCUGUGGAACUGCACUAGCAGCUCCCCGAGAGUCCAAAUACGGAGAAGGGAAGGGCCAGAUCUGGCUGAGCGACGUUAACUGCACAGGGACAGAAGCAUCCCUCACUGAAUGUGAGGCAAAGCCAUGGGGAGACAACAUCUGCAACCAUGUGGAAGAUGCCAGUGUGGACUGCUCAGGGAAGGAAACACUUGAGCCAGGGCCAAUCCAGCUGGUGGGAGGCCCAAACAGAUGUGCUGGCAGAGUUGAGGUGCUUCAUGAAGAACAAUGGGGCAGUGUGUGCCAUGACAGCUGGGAUAUGAAUGAUGUCCAAGUUGUGUGCAGGCAACUGGGCUGUGGGGAUGCAGUGCUGGCCCCCAUUGGAGCUAAGUUUGGACGAGGAACUGGCGCCAUCUGGCUGGAUGAUGUGAAUUGCACAGGGACAGAGAAUGCCAUCUCUGAAUGCCAGGCGAGGCCGUGGGGAGAACAUAAUUGUUACCAUGGGGAAGAUGCUAGUGCAAUUUGCUCAGACUCGGGGAUUACUGUCUCCACUUCUGUCCGCCUGGUGAAUGGCCCGAAUCGCUGCUCUGGGAGAGUGGAGGUGCUACAUAACCAUGUCUGGGGAACUGUCUGUGAUGACCACUGGGAUUUAAGGGAGGCAAAGGUUGUGUGCAAGCAGCUGGGCUGUGGAACUGCACUAUCAGCUCCCCGAGAGUCCAAAUACGGAGAAGGGAAGGGCCAGAUCUGGCUGAGCGACGUUAACUGCACAGGGACAGAAGCGUCCCUCACUGAAUGUGAGGCAAAGCCAUGGGGAGACAACAUCUGCAACCAUGUGGAAGAUGCCAGUGUGGAGUGCUCAGAUGUUCCUGAGCCGGGACCAGUUCGGCUAGUGAACGGCUUCAACAAGUGCGCUGGGAGAGUUGAAGUGCUCCAUGAGAACCAGUGGGGCAGCGUGUGUGAUGACCAGUGGGACAUGCAGGACGCCAAGGUAGUGUGCAAGCAGGUUGGCUGUGGAUCACCACUGUCAGCCCUGGGAGGUGCUCGCUUUGGUAGAGGGCCGGACGUCAUCUGGCUGGACGAUGUGAACUGCACUGGGACGGAAGAGAGCAUCUUUGACUGCCAGGCCAGGCCGUGGGGCGAACACAACUGCUAUCACGGAGAAGAUGCUGAUGUUGUUUGUGCAGUUAACAAGAUCCUAGAUGAUCCAGAAGCAUCAUGAGAGCCACACUGGCCCCACCAGACCAUGCUCACCUUGCAGCAGGAGAUGGGCCAGCAAGACUUAGCUGAGAGGGCAAAGAAGAGGGAUAUUACACAACCAUCAAUGUGGCAUGAUUAAAUCCAUGGCUUGGCAAAACUGUUCUCUUUCAUUCCUUAAAGGAAUUGCAGACUUGGUUAUAAUUGCAUUGAUUGAAAACCAAGUUGAACAAAUUAUUCCCACUGAAAAGUA